AUGAUGUUGUUGUUUUGGUGGUCAGCUGUGGCUGAGUCAACUCUGACUCACACUGACCUUCUGGAUAUCAGGACAAAACGCUGCCCGAGCCGGCGCCAAGUUCGGGAUGGGAUACGCAUCGGUGCAGACGUGGCCAAGUCCAAGAACCACACCACGCACAACCAAUUUCGGAAAUGGCACAGAAACGGCAUCAAAAAACCCCUGUCCCAACAAAACCAAUCUCUGAAGGGGAUGGACCCCAAGUUCCUGAGGAACAUGCGCUUUGCCAAGAAGCACAAGAAGGGCCCGAAGAAAAUGCAGGCCAACAAUGCCAAGGCUGCGGCUGCUCGCACGGAGGCCAUCGAGGAUCUUGUGAAGCCCAUCGAGGAUCUUGUGAAGCCCACAGAGGUCAAGGUCAAGAUCCCAAUGGGCGUCAACCGCAAGCUCAGCCGACUGGCCUACAUCGCCCACCCCAAGCUUGGCAAGCGGGCUUGGGCACGUAUUGCCAAGGGUCUGAGGCUCUGCCGGCCCAAGGCCAAGGCACAAAGCAAGGCUGACGCUCCAGCCAAGGCCACGACUCCAGCAAAACAUUUUAUUUUCAAGAAUCAAAACCCUAAGAUACAGUAA